ACGUUUGUCAAACACGUGUAUAUCCUGAGAGUAACUGGAUCUGCGACAUGUCCUGUUAUAGUUGUCAUUAUAGUGUAAUAACAUAUUCCGAAACAAAUUAUGGGUAAAAGCAAAGCGAAGAAGUUCAAAUCAAAGAAACCCCAGCCUACAGGUUUGCCCAGUGUGAAAGAUUUUGAAGCGGCUCUUGAGCUGGAAGAGACCAAAACCAUCGCAUCAAAUUCUACAAUUCAAAAUCUUAUUGAAAAGCUAACCAGUACAAAUGAGGAUGAGAGAGAGUGUGGCUGUACAGGUAUAGCUGGCCUGGUUUCCCAACCUCAGGCUAUCACCUGUCUACUGCAACAAAAUGUCGUCCGCAUCCUCGCACCCCUCAUCCUCGAUCCUAGUGUACAGGUCCGGCACCGCGCACUGGGGGCACUGCGAAACCUCAGUGUUGAUGGUGGCUUAGAUGUAUGUGAGGAGAUGGUUCACAAAGAUGUCCUGACCCCAUUGGUGGCAUUUUUUAAGCAAUAUCCCAUUGGAUGGAUACCUGAGAAACCAACAAAGAAACAAAAAGACAUGAACACAGAAGCAUUUAUAGAAGGGACACACCUCCUAUGGAACCUUUGUGAGGCCACACAGACUGCCGUUGAUGUUUUCAACAAAGAAGGACUUGGUGCCAUCUUAAUGCCUUGUCUACAUCACACAGUAUAUGAUCUCCCACUGUCUAUAGCAGUAGGCCAGUGUCUCCACACGGUGUCUGAGGAUAACCUCCCUUUCACUCGUGCAUGUGCUGAGAACCAGGAAACUAUACAGCAGCUACUGAACCUGAUGGGCCAAGUCUCAGAGUCAGCUGGACACAUCUUACUCAAAACACUGGCAACAGGCAUAUUGGUUAAUAUUAAGAGCUCAGAGCUCACUACUGCACCAGGCAAUCUUGUUACUCACAUACUGACUUCAGUAUCUGAGGUGCUGGAUAUUAAGGCUUUAGAUGACUUCACUGCUUGUCUAGAUAGAUUGAGAGAGAUGGCAUCAAAAGAUGAUGAAAAGAAGGAUGAAACUUCUGCAGGAAGUCCAAUCAGUGAAGAUAAAAUCAGUGUCAAAAACAAGCUGCAGGACAUAGAACAUUUUAUAUCAGCUCAGAUGAUAGCUCUGGAAAUAUCAGCUAAUCUUUGUUGUAUAGAAGAAGCAUGGGAGGACAUGGAUAGCAGUGAGUCCGAUGACCAGAUCAAUGAUGCUGACUUUGAGGAGGAAACCAUGGAUGAUAACUUAUUUUCUCCUUUAUGUGUUUCAUCUGAAAUUCAAGGUGCAAUAUUAAGUAACGAGAUAUUUAGCAAGGUGUUGAAGAAAGCUCAGCCUUGUAUUCUACCGGAGGAUGGUACGGGUCUGAGUGAUCAGCAGAAAAAUUUAGUGAAAAGGUUUGAGAAGCUGGAAGUUCAUGCCCUACUGUGUGUAAAUAACCUGGUCAGUUCUAUAGAUCUUGAAGCCUUAGGAGGCCUGGAUAACCUUCAUAGUGUAUGGCAGGGUCUAGUUCAACUGACCGCCACCAAACAUGACGGAGAUCGUAACGACCUUUUGGAAGCCGUUACUAGUGCUAUGCGAGCUGUCAUACAGAAGUUGGCGGAACAUGAGUCCCCAAAGCUGUUGGAGGUUACUGGACAGGACCUACAGUUUUUAUAUGAGAUGGGACAGCAAGGUAACGGUCCAGAUAUUCGUGUUAAUGCUGUUAGGAUUGUAGCCACGUUUGGAGCCCACUUCGCCAAAAACAAAGAGCCACAUCCAAUGCUAGUGAACCUUGGGCAGUUCCUGUUAGAGGUGGCCUGUCGCGAUGGAGAACUAUGGGUUGUAGCCGAGGCCCUGGAUGCCAUCUUUGAUGUGUUCGGAGAAGACCACCUCAACAACAUCCUGUCAGAGAUCCGGCUGCUCGAAAGAUUGCGACAGCUCCUCCCACUACUCAAAUCAAAGAUGAAGACAAACAGGAAAGACUUGGGAGAUCACUUCCCGGUGAUUUCAACUGCCAGGACAAAUCUCAUACGCUUCAUAAAAUACAAGUCCUCAUUGAAACGCAUCGAGAAUGAUAAUAUUGGUGGAAACUGGUAUAACCAGACAGAGCCUCCUUGGUCGGGCUGUUGUCCUACUAAAUUUUGUUGGGAGAUAGAACCCCUGGAGAACAAACCUACAACAGCACAUAUAACGAAUAAUUGUGAAAUCAAACUUAUAUUGGUGCAGGUACCAACGAAUUCUUAUUUUUUGCGGCGGAUUUGGACCGUCAACAUGUUGCAAGCUGUUGUAGUUUUGUGGUGUGCACUAGGUCUACAUAUGGCCAAUGGUGCCGCCACUACAGUUAAUCCAGGUUGUGGAACUGUGCCUGCUGAUAUCGUAUUUUUACUAGAUGCAUCCGGAAGUGUAGGAUCGUCAAAUUUCCAGAAACAAAAGGAUUUUGUUGCAAAAUUUGCUAAUUCAUUUGAUAUUGGACCCCAUAACGUCCAAAUUGGCGUGACAACGUUUUCCACUUCGACCCACAACCAGUUCAAUUUGAACAAAUAUUUAAGCAAAGGAUCCCUAGUACACGCCAUCAACUCCAUUCCCUAUCAAUCCGGCAGUACAAUGACCAGCCAGGCCCUUACUUAUGUUACCCAGAACAGUUUUACUCACGCCGCUGGGGACAGAGAUCACGUGGCCAAUAUCCUGAUCGUGAUGACGGAUGGACAGUCUAAUAACAAACCUGCCACAAUAGCUGCAUCCGACAAACUUCAUCAAACGAACAUUAAAACGUUUGCAAUCGGGAUUGGAAGCGGCAUCGAUAAUGGCGAGUUAGGUCACAUUGCCUCCGACUCCAAGCAUGUUUUCACGGUAUCCAACUUUGACGCUCUUACGACUCUGCAAGCCGAACUCAAGAAGACGGCCUGUGAGAUUGAUGGCGGUUGGUCAAAAUGGGGAUUCUGGAGUCCAUGCACCAAAACAUGUGGAGGUGGUACACAUUACCAAGAGCGAACAUGUUCCGACCCACCUCCGGCAAACGGAGGAGCACAAUGUACUGGGCCACAUCGUCAGACAGGAACAUGUAAUACCCAUGCGUGCCCUACUCCACCACCUACAACAACCACCACUACGGCUUUGACCACGCCCAUUCCAACAACGCCCUCACCAGGAUGUGGCGUUGUACCAGCUGAUAUUGUCUUCAUCCUUGACUCGUCAGGCAGUGUUGGAUCAGCAAAUUACCAGAAGAUGUUACAGUUCGUUGAAAACAUGGUUCAAGGAUUUACCAUUGGUCCAAAUGAAACUGAGAUUGCUGUUGUUACAUUUAGUGACAAGCCGAAACUUGAGUUCCAUUUGAAUAAGUACCACGAUAAGCAGUCGAUUGUAAACGCCAUAUCUAAUAUCAACUAUGUUUCCGGAGGGACGAACACAGCUGACGCGCUGAAAUACGCUAGAGAGGUCAGUUUUACAGCUGCAAACGGUGAACGACCAAACGCCGCUCAAAUUGCUAUAGUUAUUACUGAUGGCAUGUCCAACAGUGCUGGAGCCACUGCAACUGAGGCUGCGCGCCUUAGGGGUGAUGGUAUUACUGUUUUCUCCGUCGGCGUCGGAAGUGGACCAAAGACAACCGAACUCAAUGCCAUGGCAACUGAUCCUGACAAUCAGCACGUGUUUGUCGUCAAUAACUUUGAUGCUUUAAAACAGAUUAAAGGGACACUUGCUCAGAAGGCAUGUGAAGUGAAAGCGACUGCAACACCACCUCCCAAAAAUGAAACUGAAUGUGGUGCCCAGGCAGAUAUUGUGUUCUUGUUGGAUUCUUCUGGUAGCGUCGGUAGGACCAACUUCAACAAAAUGUUAGAUUUCGUAACGAAUGUGAGCAACAGCUUUAAGAUUGGACCACAUGAUGUCCAAAUCGGCGUGGACACUUUCCAAACAUCACAUAAAACUGAAUUUACACUUGGAGAGCAUUUGCAGAAAGCCGACCUCAUUGCCGCUGUAAACAAAAUCCCUUACCAUAGCGGGGCAACACAUACCGGCGAAGCCAUUCAGUUUCUUCAUAACACCAGUUUCACGACAGCGGCAGGUCAUCGACCAAAUGUUCCGAAGAUUGCUAUAGUAGUAACGGACGGUAAUUCAAACAACAGGCAACUGACUGCAGCAGAAUCUGACUUGGCGCGAAAGGAUGGCAUUAAGAUGUUGGCCAUUGGCGUCGGCCAUGGUAUCAACGAUGCUGAAUUGAAAGCCAUUGCCAGCGACCCAGAUAGUCAAUACGUCUUUAGAGCAGACAACUUCGAUGCUCUGGCGUCCAUGAAGGGUUCACUAUCAAGCAAAGCAUGUGAAGCAUCCAAGCCUGAAAACAACACUGCAUCUAAUUGUCAUGCUGGCUCCAAAGCCGACAUAAUUUUUAACCUGGACUCAUCCGGUAGUGUUGGAAAGACAAACUUUGACAAGAUGCUCGAGUUUGUCAAAGGUAUGGUGAAGAAUUUCGACAUCGGGAGCAACAAAAUCCGGGUAGGUUUAACUACCUUCAGUUCAAGACCAUAUAUCAUGUUUAAUCUUGAUAAAUAUACAGACAAGGCAUCGUUGAUGGCAGCAAUUGACCACAUACCUUACAAGUCCGGCGGUACCAAUACGGCAGAUGCUCUGAAAGAGGUUUAUUCCAAGAUGUUUACAACGGCUAACGGUGACCGUCCCGGUGUUCCAAACAUCGAAAUAGUGAUUACUGAUGGCCGUUCGAACAACCACCCAGCAACCGUAAAUGAAGCUUCUAUUACUAAGAAGCAAGGAAUCGAUGUCUUUUCUGUUGGUGUUGGACAUGGCAUCAGUAAGUCGGAGUUGAAUGAUAUCGCCAGUGAUCCGGACAACACUCAUGUCAUGACUGUUGAUGACUUCAGCAAACUGCAACAAAUUCAAGGAGCGUUUGCCUCGCAGACUUGUCAAGUGUCACCACCUGUGGCUGUUGACCCUUGUCAGGACAAACUUUCAAACUGUGACACCUAUGCGAAGAGUUCUUGUGGUGGUAUUUACACGCAGUGGGCAACAACGCAAUGUGCUCGCACAUGUCGCAUAUGUGAUCCUGCCAUUCCAACAGUUCCUCCAGACUGCGUGGACAAACUAUCCAACUGUCGGGAUUAUGAUGCGCAGGUGUGCAGUUCCUUCGGACCAUGGGCCCAUGAUAAUUGCAGACAGUUCUGUGGUUUCUGUCACUUCAAUGCUCAUGGCGUUAAUGGCUACUACGGAAAAUGUUAUUAUAAUGGAAAGUCCUACACACAAGGACAGACCUGGUCUGAUGGUUGCGCCUAUGACUGCACAUGCGACGAUGCCUCAAAGGGGAAAUAUAGCUGUUAUAACAAGUGUCCCUCAUACUAUAACCUUCCCCCGCAAUGUACACUCACCAAAAAAGCUGGAGAGUGCUGUCUACAGCCAGUUUGCAACUUUAACCCGAACUAUCAGACCACGAGUGGACAAAGUUUGGGAAAUCUGAACGGGAUAAGUACCUGCCAUUACAAGGGACAUGAAUACUUCCAAGGACAGACAUGGCAAGAUGGUUGUCAAUAUGACUGCCAAUGUACGGACGCUGGCGCAGGCAUGUACAGCUGCCAAGCAAGGUGCCCAGUCUACAAGAAUCUACCACCUGUAUGUCAUCUUCAAAAGCUACCCGGAAAAUGCUGCCAGGAGCCAACUUGUGACUUUAACCAACAGUAUGGAACAUUUAACGGUGUUGGGGCUAUCAGUGGCAAAGGAGUAGGUCAGUAAAGUGUGACCCCGACUGCACCUGCACCAUGUGUUGACAAAGCUAAGAAUUGUAACCUGUAUCAAGCAAGCAUGUGUACCAGCUCUGGAUACCAUGAAUGGGCAAAGGAAAACUGUGCACUCUUCUGUAAUUUCUGUCAGAAGUGUAUCUACAAGGGUGUUGACUAUUCCCAGGGUCAGACCUGGUUUGACGGUUGUGACUAUGAAUGCAUGUGCGAGAAUGCCAAAUACGGAUAUUAUAGAUGUAACAAACGAUGCCCAGAUUAUGUAAACCUGCCGCUUAAUUGCAAUCCUGUGAAAGUUAAAGACCAAUGUUGUCAACGAAUACAGUGUGAUGGCGGACAGGGUUCAUUCAUAGGGUCUUCUACUGUCUCUGGAGUAGUUGGCAAUUAUCCCAUACCCAACCUUCCUUCUGGUACCAGUGGAUCCACAGGACCCGGGGGACUUACACCAGUUCCUGGGGGGCCGUCUCAGGCUCCAGGUCUCAACUCAGGUGGCGCCUCCAGUAUUCCAAUGAGAGUUGAUGGUUGUUAUGUCAAGGGGAAGCUUUACCAACAGGGUCUGCGAUGGACGGACGGAUGUCAAUGGACGUGUGUCUGCGAAGAUGGCAAAACUGGACGAUACCGAUGUCAGCCCAAAUGCCCCGAUUUUAAGAAUCUACCGGUCCAAUGUGUGUUGCAAGAAGAUCCAAAAGAUCCAUGUUGCAAAGUACCCACAUGUAGUAAUGGAGCCAAUGGACAACAGGUACACAUACCAGUUCCUAGCUACAAACCAGGGUACUCGGGUUACGGCACUGCUGCUCUUCCACAGACAGUAGCAUCUGGUGCCUAUGGACCUGGUCCAACUAGUUCUGGAAGACCUUCUUCGUCAUUCACUGGUCUUAGUGCUGGCCACACUGUUGUUGGAUCGACUGGAGGAGGAUGUAUUUACAAAGGGGUCGUUCAUCACCAAGGAGACUCUUGGGACGAUGGAUGUGACUUCCGGUGUGAAUGCUUGGACGCUCAACAGGGACAGUACAGAUGUAAUGAUAGAUGCCCGAGCAUGAUGAACCUCCCAGCACAAUGUACGAAGAUACCUGAUCCUGCCGAUCAUUGCUGCCAGACAUACACCUGUGAUUUUUCACAAACCGUAACGACGCCACCACCAUUUUAUGCCAGAACAACACCACCUACAGGUGGAGAUUACUGUGUGUACAAAGGUUUGUAUUACAACCAGGGCGAGCAGUGGGAUGACGGCUGCAGCUACAAGUGUCGCUGUGAGGAUGCUAGGAACCACUAUCACCAGUGUACCGAUAGGUGCGCUCGGUUUGACAAUGUGCCUCUUGGCUGUUCAUUUGUUCCCGACACUAAGGAUCCUACUUGUUGUCGUGUACCCCAAUGCUCUGCAUCAAUGGGUGGCCCAGUCUUAGGGGGCCAGUCAAUGAACCCAACUGGAUUCGUUGGAUCCUUAACCGGAUAUGGCAAACCGCCCAGUGCUGGAAAUAAUCCCAAUAUAUCUCAAACCGGAUACGCAAGAGCGUGUAUCUACAAGGGUCAAAUAUACCAACAAGGACAGACCUGGCAGGAUGGAUGCGAUUACGACUGUGAAUGCACCGACGCCACAAAGGGCAUGUACAGGUGUACGGACAGGUAA